AUGAAAACAUUGAGAAAGUUACGGUAUGUAAAAUAUUUUUCUCACGACUUGGUUACAACGAUCGACUCGGUUACUCGACGACUGGGUUACAAGAAAAGUAACUGUAAGGCUGUGAGGAACAUUAUUGACACAUACUAUAAAACACAAUACGCAGAGCCUAUUGCUGACGGCCGAGAUCAUAACCCGAAUCCAUCACAAAUAGACAGUACAAAGGUAAAAGAACAUAUUAUGUCUUUUCGUUCAGUUGUGUCGCAUUAUAGGAGAGUUCAUGCACCAAACCGGAAAUAUUUGCCCUCGGAUAUCAAUAUCCGCAUGAUGUACGACAAUCAUUGUGAGAAAGAGCCUGAAAUAAAUGUGCCCUAUGGAUUUUAUAGGAAUGUCGUAAAUGAGCUUAAAAUAUCCUUCACAAAGCUUGGACACGAGGAAUGUGAAUUGUGUGAAACAUUUUCUAUUCACAACCCUAACGCAGCAAUAAGGCACAGGUAUUGCGAAGAAUGCCAAGAAUAUGAAGAUCAUCACACUAGGUACAUUUCAGCGAGAAAAAAAUAUGAAGAGGAUGUUGAAAGCCAAACGAAGCAAAAAAGUACUGACACCAUAAUAUUUGCAGUUGAUUUAGAAAAGGUGACAAAAGGUAACAUGGAGUUGGCAAAACACUGGGAGUCUUAUGGCACGAAGCUAUUGCAGGGAGAAAAAAAGAAGACAUAA